UUCCGGCGGCCCGUGGCAGGCCCGGCUCCCGUCAGCGGCGCCGCACUCGCUACUCGGGGGACCGGCAGCACGAUGACACGUCGAUGAACGUGAAGGACAGGAGGCCGCGGCCCCCCGUUACCGAGCCUCGCUGCUCCCGGCCCUCGGGCGGUUCGAGCCGGGGUGUGGGCGCCGCAGGGGCGCCGGGCGGAGCGAGCAGGAAGAUGGCGCUGGGAGCGCGGCUGCUGCUGAUCGCGCUGCAGCUCCCGCAGGUGCUGUCUGAGUAUGGGAUGGUCCACGUGUUGUCUGAAAAGGAGCAUGGAAACGCAAAGGAUUAUUGUAUCCAGUUCAACCCCUCCUGGGCAUAUUUACCUCAUGAUCUCAGUAAAGCAUCUCUCUUGCAGGUCCAAGACUUGACAUCUUCUGUGCUGUGCACACCUUCAGAUGUGCCCCUACAAGGAUUUAACAACAGAAUUGCUAUGGUGAUGCGUGGGAACUGUACAUUCUAUGAUAAAGUGCGACUUGCACAAAUCAAUGGAGCCAAGGGUCUGCUCAUUGUCAGCAGAGAGAGCCUGGUGCCUCCAGGUGGAAAUGGGAGUCAGUAUGAGGAGAUUGAUAUCCCAGUUGCUCUCCUCAGUUACGAUGACAUGCUUGAUAUAUCAAAGACAUUUGGGAAAUCAAUCAAAGUGGCAAUGUAUGCCCCAAAUGAACCGUUCCUGGAUUAUAAUAUGGUGGUUAUCUUUGUUAUGGCAGUUGGUACAGUAGCUAUUGGUGGCUACUGGGCAGGAAGCAAAGAUGUAAAAAAGCGCUACAUGAAGCACAAGCAUGAUGGAGCAGACAAACAAGAUGACGAAACUAUUGAUGUGACACCAAUUAUGAUCUGUAUUUUUGUGGUUAUGUGCUGCUCAAUGCUGGUACUCCUUUACUACUUCUAUAAUCAGCUAGUGUACGUUAUUAUAGGAAUUUUCUGCCUUGCCUCUUCCAUUGGUCUUUACAGCUGCCUGGCCCCAUUUGUUCAGAAAAUUCCUUUCUGUGAAUGCAGGACUCCGGUCCUACCGUGUAGUCACAAACGACCCCAAGUACGGAUGCUGCUUCUGGGUGCAUUCUGUGUCUCUGUUAGUUGUGUGUGGGCUGUAUUCAGAAAUGAAGACAAGUGGGCAUGGGUUUUGCAAGACACUCUAGGAAUUGCCUUUUGCCUUUACAUGUUGAAAACAAUCAGACUGCCAACUUUUAAGGCGUGCACGUUACUGCUGGUGGUUCUCUUUGUGUACGACAUUUUCUUUGUCUUCGUUACUCCAUUUCUCACUCAAAGUGGCGAGAGUAUCAUGGUGGAAGUGGCUGCUGGUCCUUCUGAUUUCUCCACUCACGAGAAGCUCCCAAUGGUACUGAAGGUGCCUCGGUUAAAUUCCUCGCCUCUGGCAUUGUGUGACAGACCGUUCUCUCUCCUUGGCUUUGGUGAUGUCUUAAUACCAGGAAUGUUGGUGGCAUACUGUCACAGGUUUGAUAUUCAGGUGCAGACCUCAAGAAUCUACUUUGUGGCUUGCACAGUCGCUUACGGCAUUGGUCUUCUCAUCACUUUUGUUGCUCUGGCACUGAUGCAGACAGGUCAGCCUGCGCUCCUUUACCUGGUCCCAUGCACUCUGAUCACUAGCAUCUGCGUGGCUUGCUGGCGCAAGGAAGUGACGAUGUUCUGGAGUGGAAGUGGAUUUGCGACCAGUUCGCAUGAUGUCACCUCAUGUGUUGCCUCGCCAGCUCCAACUGCAUCAAAGCUGGGAGAGCUUCCCUCACAGCCGGUAUCUUUAGCCGCUGACAACUGUCUACAAGUUUGUGACAAAUCAACUCCAACUGCUCCCCACCAUGAAGGGGAAGCCCUGACCACCCCACCAGCAGAAUCCACCAAUGAAAAUGAGGCUGAAUCCAGUGAGAACUUUCUGCCAAAAGACGAGAUGAGCCAAUCACAUUGCUGAUAAUGUACUUCAAUGCAAUUUUUAAAUAUGCUUAUAGUCAGUUUAUAUGCAAUGAAACAGAUCAGUUUUGCAGAUGUUAGCUGACCCAGAGGAAGGAAUGCCUGGGGGUGGACUUUUAUCUGUUAAGCUCUCCUCCUGAAUUAUCAUGGCCUGUUGUACUGUACUAAACUAUUCCCACUUGCCACAAUCAGUGCCAGCUCUCCAGUGACCUUACUCAAGCUGCUUGCAUUCUCAAAGCCGACAUCACUAAGUAUAGAAAAACUACCACCUUCCCAAUUUUUAAAGUAAAUGUUCAUUGUAAGAAUGACUUGUCAGAAGAAAAACUUGUCAUUGCCACAUUCCCUGUCCCUUCAGGCAUCAACUCUUCACAGCAACAUACAGGCCUGAAGUAUUUGAACAAAUAUUUUUAGAGAUGCCAUUCAAUUUAUUGUUUCUGGACAUAAGUAACAAACUGCUGAACCAUUAGUAGGUUUGAAAGGCAGAGCAAUUUCUCCAGCUUACUAGGAUGCUUACUAAAAAUAGCCUCUGCAAAUAACAAUGUCUCUCCUAAAUUGAGCAUUCCUAGCUGAUAUCUCAUUGAGGAGGAGGAGGUACACAUGGUAACCACUGAACUAUUUGGGUAGAUGGCAAGUUUGGAAUCUAGUGGUGGUUGGCGUAAUCACUUGGUUUAAUUAAAUAUAGUAUUAAUGACGGGGCUGUGCAUCUGAAGUGUCAUAUUUAUGACACAGUCACAGUAGGAAUGUAGAAAACCAGCAAGGCCACUUUGGCCCAUCUGAUCCAAAGUUCAUUUUACAGAACGCACUGUUCAUGGCACAAUACAACCGCAGAAACGGAUCAAAUAGAUUACCAUUCCCACACAGCUUCUUCACCAUGCCUUUUUUGUUUCCAUAGUGUUUCCUCCCUUCCCUUCUCUCCCUAAGGAGUGGACUCUUGCUGAUUACUCAUAGAGUUGCUUUACUCCCAGUGACUAUUGAGCAUAUUUUAACUCUGUCCUAAAUGGCCAACUCUUUAUUUUGAGACUGACCUCUGGUUCUAGAUGCAACAGUUGAGGAAAACCUCAUCCCUUCAUCUGCUCUGUCAAGUCCCAGGAAUUUUGUAUGCUUCAACAAGAUCAUGUCACUUUAGGGAUUGCCUGGAUAUCAACUGGAUCAGAUCAUGACUGCCAUUCCCUCCACUAACAUUUUGAGCACAAUGAUUGAUCACAGCUGAAAUCAGCUUUAAACACACUUGUUUUCAUUUGAGUAUUUGUCACCAACCAAACAGAUGGAUGGUAUUGUAAACUGUCCAAGUUCAAUGACACUAAUUACUGAAUGCAAAUCUGUUUUUUCUGUUCUAGCAGACCAGUGGAUAAAUGGUAAGAGCUAGAAAAUAAGCUAGAGUUUAAAAUGGGAUGAGAAAUUAUUUCAAACCCAUUUGCGUGUGGUACACUUACUUUAAAACUUCAUGGAAAUAAGCUGUACAUGAGCAUCUCUAGGAAACAGUGACCUGAGGUCAUAGUGUCGAGAGCACAGAAACAAGCCCUUUGUUCCUCAGAGUCUGUGCCAAUCAUUAAACAUUCAUGUAUAUUAAUCCUACACUAUUCCCAUUUUCCCCAUUCCCCCACAUUCUGUCACUCACUGACAUAGUAGGGGCCGUGGUCAUUUAGCCUACCAACACGCAUGUCAUUGGGAUGUGGAAUGAAACUGGAGCACCCAGAGGGAACCCAUGCUGUCGUGGGGCAAACAUGCAAACUCCACACAGACUGGAGCUGCUCCCUCACAGCUCUACUACUUGUGCCACUGUGCUGUCAAUCUGAUCUGUCAGUCAGCAAACCAGUCAUGCUGUCAGUUGAUUGGUUUUACUUAACAUUAACAUUUAAGGCAGAGCGUGUAAAUGUUGCCCUUUAAGUACUGCUGCUUCAUUUUUAUAUUUAGAUUUUUAGUUUGAGACUGGGUUUCUCUUGCCUGCUGCCUUUUUUUUAGGGAUCACAGUUGCCUAGAAUUUUUGACAAAAGAUGCAAAUUUGUAAUUUUAUGUUGGUUAAAUUCUAAUUCAAGUUAAUCUUCAUGUGACAUUGUUUCCUAAUGUUAUUUAGAGUCACAACAGAAUCUUAUAGCAAGUCCGUCCAUUUGGCCUUUUAUAUAGAAACAUAGAAAACCUACAGCACAAUACAGGCCCUUUGGCCCACAAAGCUGUGCCGAACAAGUCCCUACCUUAGAAAUUACUAGGCUUACCCAUAGCCCUCUAUUUUUCUAAGCUCCAUGUACCUAUCCAAAAGUCUCUUAAAAGACCCUAACGCGUUCACCUCCACCACCAUUGCCGGCAGCCCAUUCCACGCACUCACCACUCUCUGAGUAAAAAACUUACCCCUGACAUCUCCUCUGUACCUACUCCCCAGCACCUUAAACCUGUGUCCUCUUGUGGCAACCAUUUCAGCCCUGGGAAAAAGCCUCUGACUAUCCACACGAUCAAUGCCUCUCAUCAUGUUAUACACCUCUAUCAGGUCACCUCUCAUCCUCCGUCGCUCCAAGGAGAAAACGCCGAGUUCACUCAAUCUGUUUUCAUAAGGCAUGCUGCCCAAUCCAGGCAACAUCCUUGUAAAUCUCUUCUGCACCCUUUCUAUGGCUUCCACAUCCUUCCUGUAGUGAGGCGACCAGAACUGAGCAUAUCUGCACUAACUCUUUGAAAGAGCUCUUUAAUCUAUUUGCACACUUCCAGCUUUUUCCUUCAAACCUUCCAAAUUAGUCCUUUGAAAUUUCCAGUGGAAUGUGAGUUGUGUUCUGGAUAUUAACAAACCUCCCCCCUUUGCCUAAUAUUUUAAAUCUGUUACUACUGUUUACUAAAUCUCUCGUUAGAGGAAAAGAAGGAAUAGAAGUACAAGUGGAUCUAACGAUUGCUUGAGCCUGUUCUGCCAUUCAGUAAGAUCAUGGAAGGUCCUUUGUCUCAAGUUCACUUUAUCACUUGAUUGCCAUAAUGUCUAAUUCCCAUAGUGUACAAUAAUUUCAACUUUGAAUACAUUAAUUGAGCAAGCAGGCAUAGCCCUUGGGUGGAGAAUUCCAAAUUUGCAACUGUCUGAGAAAUGAAAUUUCAAUACAGUUCGAAAUGGCUGACCACUUAUCCUGAGAUCAUAUCCUUGGUUCUGGACUCUUCAGCUGAGGACAUGGUAUCUUUUGCCUCUAACUUGUCAAUCUCUCAAAAUCUUGUAUCUCUCAAUGAGUUCACCUCUCUACAAAUUCCUUGUUAGUAUAAGCAAAUCUUACUCAAUGUGUACUCUUCUUUAAACAAAAAGGCUCAAUAUCAGAAGUUGCCUACACUUCAUUGACUCUCAAGCAACUAUAUUCUCCUCAAGGUACAGAGACCAGAACCCCACAGACUACUCCAAGUGAAGCCCUUUACAAUCCAGCAAGCCUUCCUUACUUCUGUUUUGCAAACUCUGUCAGUAGAAACCAGUGUACCAUUUGCCUUCCUAAUUGCUUGCUGUACCUGCAGAUUUCUGCCUCUCGUGAACCAGCACAUUGCUCCCUCUGGAAUCAACAUUUACUAGUUCCUCGACAUAUGAAAAUAUAUUGUCCUUUUUCCUUUAUACAAGGCUUCAUACUCCUGCACUUGCCCACACCACCAUCUGCAGCCAUCUUUCCACUGAGUUAAUCCCAUAUCCCAUUGCAGACUGUCUCCACCCAAUUUUGUGUCAUCAGCAAACUUGGAUAUGCUUACCCUUUCAUCUGAGUCAUUAAUGUAAAUUAUGAAUAACUGAGAAUUCAGAGCUGACCCCUGUGCCACCCCACUGGUAAGAGACUUCCAUCAAAAACUAUCCAUUUAUAAAUACAGCAGAGUGGGGAUAAAGUUUCAAACUAUUUGGACUAAUAUGUUGACCUCACCUUUCCACCUACCUCUGCCCAUGUUAGAUAUUUUACAGCUUGUCAUUAGUGAGGCGGUGGCUGUGGUACUGUCUCUUGUGCUUCAUUGCUCACAAUGGUAACAUUUAUCUAGCACCAGAAGUAGCACUAGGGUCCCAUCCGUCAUCAGUCUGCAGGAGGACUGAUGCGUUCUGUGUUCCUGAAUACCAAUCAUGUUUUGUUCCAAAAUCACAUGGUCCUAUGAUUUCUUCUCUGGAUUGCUAAUCAUAGAGAAAAUCUUUUUCUUGUUGAACUAUGUGUAGAAUUCCCAGUACAACUAGCAAACCUUCAAGGAAGAAGGUUAAUACAAGCCAUGGAAAAUUAGAUAAUUUAAAUUUGGAUAUUGGAAUGUUGCAACUUUAUACCCCUUCAUGGCUAAUGGAAAAUUAAUCUUUAAACAGAAAAGUAAGUUCUGUGCCAUAAGUUCUGGUGAAAUUUAGUUAAGGAAUUUCUCUUUAGUCAGACACUUCAUAACAUGUUAGACUGACUGGCCUCAUUUCUGUAAGUGGAACAACUUUCAAUAACAACUUAAAUUAUUCAGGGCAGUUGAACUGGCCCCAUUCUAUGUGGCAGAAAAGUGGGUUAAGUUUCAUUAGUUUGGAUUGAUUUGAUUAUUUGAGGGUUGAUAGCAGUUUUAACUUCUCAAAGUUCCUGUAUUUAAGUUGUCUACUUGUACUUGGUAACAAGCUUUGUGCUUGUCACAUAAUUAACCCUGAGAAUACCAAAUGGUUUCCAAAUAUCAUGUAACAUUUUUAAACAUCUUGAACUGAUGGAAUGAAAUUUCAAAAUCCCUGAUAAUUCUAAAAUCACUUUGUCCAAAAAUUGCCGCAGGUUCUGUGGCUUUCUCUCAGUGAAAGUGCUGGGAAUCUGGUCGAAAAUUUUACGGCAUAAAAUGUCAGGAAAUAAACGUGUGUGGGCAGAAAAGAUUAAUCAUGUUUUCCAUCUGUUUAAUAUGACAGUUCUUACAAAUACAUGCAGCUAAUAACAUCAGCCAAAUUAAGAUCUUUGACUAAAGAACUUUUUAUUUUAAAAAAAUGGUGACUGCAUAUGAUUUAAAAGCUAGUAAAAAAAAAUCUUUUAGAUUCUGCGUUAUCCUCUCUUUUUUUACAUGGUACUCUAAAUUAGGUACUACCUUGAAAAUGAAUUUAAGAAUAAAAAUAUGGCUUUAAUUCCUUUAUUUGAAAAUUGUGCAAUAAAUAAGCCAAAUCUCGCAACAAACCAGUUCCUCCAUCAAAACACAAACAGGAAAAUAAAGCCUACAUUAAACUUCUCUGAUGACUGAUCAGGAGUCUCCUCAAAUUACUGUUGAUGAUUUAUCCCUAGUUAGUGACUGAUAAUGGAAAGAUUGGGCACAGGGGUUUAUUUAUUUUCCCACAAUGAAGCUGCUUGACAUGCACAUGGUAUUGAUUCCAAUAAGAUGUAUUUUGUUUUCCAUUAUUUAAAAAAAAAUCAUGUUGAGUUAUGGAUUAUGAUUUCCAAAUAAAGUUUUUAUAGUUCAAA